UAUGUUUGUUACGUUCUAGGUUCAAGGGGAGCCACCAGAUUGCCGACGCGUUCCACUAUUUAUAGUGCCUCGCGUCUAUUUAGCAGUUUGCUCUCAGUACAGAAAUGUCCGGAGCCGCGAGCGAGCAGGGACCCACGCACAUGCAAAGUGGACGGAAAAUCUACGAGUUAUCAAACGCGUUCGCGAUGUCGAUUUAAUAACAAGUUUAGAGUUUAGACGCUCUGGUGAUAUUCAUACUGUACAGUUUACCGACACAAAGUUGUUAGACGAUGCAUAAGAUUAUCGUCAAACACGCGAAUUAUGCAAUCCUUGCCAUACCACCUCACUUCGUUACCUUUCGUUACAGUGCGUUCAGUUAACAUUACAGUGCAUACACGUAAAAAGUGGCAAGUGACAGUUAUUAAAUAAAUUAUGAUAAAAAUAAUAUUAUGAUAAUAUUUAAGAAAAACGUGAUUGUGUAUGUGGGAAAACAAAGUUGACAUUGGUGCUAUUUUAAAGUGAAUGCCAAAGAAUGGCUGGAAACAUGCCAAGUACCGCUGAGUGUAAACAAACAGUUUAAUAUUAAGUAAUAUAAUUUUUAGCAUAUUUGUGAUUCUAUUCCGUAAUAUCACAAAUGUCUGUGAUAAAUAACAAAGAAAAGUUUGCAAAAUGGCGGAAAAAGAGGACUCGAGUGAUAGCGAUGGGCCAAUAAUAGAUGAUAACGUGAUUCGUAUCCAACUUAGGAAACCCAGUCAAAAGAAAUGGGAACUGCGGACGCGAAAUCUGUCUCCUGGUAUUAGGUUCCCUACCAUACAGCUUUUUGAUUCGGAAGGAAAUUUAUUAGUGGAAACAAACGAUGAAGACAUAUCAAUUAAGAGCCAUGAUUCUAAUGAACCUUGUCUAAAAACAAGCCAGUCUUUAAAAGUGAAAGAUUAUAAGCACGUCAUUAAUAAAAAAAUUGUGAAAAAACACAAUUCGAUAUCUGGUGACAAAGUAUACACACGUGUAUAUCAUAAUCCUGUAAUUAUAAAAAGAAAUGGGGAAAAUAAAAAGCCGAGCUUUGUCAUAAAGGAUAGUAGCAGUGUAACAAACAUUCCAAGUAAACUUACUAUAAACAACAACUUUACCAAUUUGCAAGCAAAUAGCCUCGACACCACGCCUUUCCAUUCAGAGGGCCCGAGUGAAGUGAGUAGCUAUAAAAGUUCCGACAAUGAAACUUAUGAGGAUUUGACCUCUAACGACAAAUUAUCAAAUUGCAAAACCUCACCAUUGGACAAUGGUAUUGAUUCGACUCCGAUUUCUCAACAAACCUCUUCUGUAUCUCUCCUAGAGCCUAGUGAGUCAAAUAAUGAAAAAAUUGAUAAGGAAGAAAAUAAAUGUUUAGGACUACAAACAUCACAGUCUCUAAAUGAUGCAACACUCUUACAACGUCCGAAAGAAAACCCAUACCACACACUACCGCGAUCAAAAUCCAAUGUUAUUUACAAGCUUCCCCCGAAUAAAGUUUCCUUUCUCAAUACUUAUCUAAGGAGCUUACCUGCUCGACCAAGUUCUAAUCCGGAUUGGCGUACCUUACACCUACGCCAAACAACAGCUUCGCAACAAAAUUCUCGCGAAGAAACUAAACUAAGAGUACCGCUAAUUUUUUAUUCAGAAAACUUUUGGCGAAAUUGUAAGAUAGCUGAUGAUAAUGCUACAACAGAUAAUGAGUUCACGAAUAUUCCAACAGAUGUAGCUGCUGACUGUGAAAUGAAAAAACGUUUAAAAAUGUAUAGGCGUGGUAUAUCGGAAAUUGAGUCUUGGUUCGGAAACGAAAGUGUGUUUACAAGGAAAAGGCGACACUCGGUGAGUGGUGCUGUGCAAAUUAAACGCACUUCUUCCUCGGAAAGUGUGGAUGAGGCGGACGUAGUACUUAACCGUUUGAAGAGGAGGAUACUCAAAAACAAGCUAAGAGAGAAAAAGAGGAGCGGCGGCACAAAGUCUCUUUUCAAUCAGAACGCCUCCAAGACAAGCGAUAGUGAUACCCAAGAAGAUUGGCGCGAUGCGGGCGGCGGGGCCCUCUUGAGGUCCCGCCUCGCUAUGGGCUCAAAUAUCAGCCAACAUUCCGCAAAGGGCCUCAAGGGCCGGCGAGCGCGCUCCAGCGGGGACCUCUGCAAUGGCGAGGCGAAGAGCCAGACCGAGUCGUCGGUCUGCGGCUCCGUUGUCGGGGACUCUAUGGGCUGGAAUCGGUCUUUACCCAACCAUUUGGAUGGAAACCGACAUUUAGCGGACUACAGCCGUGUCAACAAUAACUAUGGGGAAUUCGGAACGUAUAAUCGGUGCCAUACGAAGAGCGGACGCGGUUUGCGGUAUCGGGUGACUAAAUCUGGUUCCAACGCAGAGCCAGUAUGGAAGCUUCAAGACCCUGGCUUCGACCAGGGUUACGGGUCGGAGCGGUCGCCGGAGGAGGACUUCGUACCUCCCAUCGUACCGGCGAUAUCUCUUGAGCAGUAUGAAGCAGAGCUGCGGACGGUCUAUCCUUUUAUCACUGAUGAAAACACCUUUACGGUCGUGGUAGAAAAGGAUGGACGUGGCCUAGGCAUGUCAGUUUGCGGCGGAGGCGGUCUCGUGAGGAUACGAAGGCUGUACCCUCCGCAACCAGCGUGGCGGACCGGCCGACUCGCUCCUAAAGACCUGCUUCUGUCUGCCAAUGGAGUGCCUCUAGCUGGACUAAGCACUUAUGAGGCUCUUGAAGUACUACGCACGGCGUCAGCGCGAGUGGAACUACGUGUCUGCAGACCACCGAUUGAUGUACUAGAGAGUAUCACGCCUCCUGAUCCGCCCACACCACCGGCCAGGACGCCGCAUCCGCCCCAUCUACCACUCGACCCGCUCAACUGUCACCCCUUACACGCAAGACUGUCACAAACCACCAGCAGCGCCACAACAUCGUCGUCAGAAGGCCGAGGCAGACGCGAAGCUAGUCCCGAAGACAGGAGAUCCCACGAUCUACACUUACCUGAUCUCGACAGGCCUUUACCAGUUUACGACAUACAAUAUGGAGAUGAUGGAUCUGUGGAGUUCGACAUAGUAAUGACAAAAGUGAACGGGUCCCUCGGGUUCACACUGCGCAAGGAAGACCACAGCGCCUUAGGGCACUAUGUCCGUGCCCUAGUCAGAGAACCAGCACUCAGCGACGGCAGAAUACAGCCGGGAGAUAGGAUUGUUGCGGUGAACGAUACACCCAUGUCGAACAUGUCGCAUGCAGAAGCGGUCGCGUUUUUGCGCUCGUGCGGCUCAGAAGUCCGACUGCGACUUUACCGCGACCACGCCGCGACACCUUUGUCGCCGAUGUCACCGAAGGAAGAAGGACCUACGGACUCUGAUGGGCCAAUGAACAGGCCUAAACCGCCAUUGAGAGCCGAAGCGGUAUCGAUGCUGUGCGACCUGGCGGCGCGACGUCUGACGCCAGAUGCUGGAGACGGCUCACGAUCUCCGUGCUUGUCGCCGCGCAAACAUCGAAAGCUAACUAAAGACAACAACCACUAUGAACAACCCAACGAUUUGCCAAGUUGCAACGUUACGCUAGAAUCACAACAUUCAAAACGUACUGAGACCUUCAAACGAUCCCAAACCAUCGAAUGUUCGUCCGAAAUAUAUGGAAAGGAACGUUCAGCGUCUAUAGACCGCCGGUCAACCAUGGAACGGUCAGCAUCCGUCGGAGCCAUGGAACCAAAGGCUACUGUAGAGUUUAGUAACGCAAAAUGCCCAGAAUGCCCUGUCUUUGAAGAAGCGAAGCGGCAGCGUACAGUUAUUAUUGUCAGCCCUACUGCUCCGCCUACUUGUAGAAAGCAAAAACUAAGCCUGACAGUGCCCCCUCAUGGUUACGAGCUAAAUAACUUAGACAAUGACACGCUAGAUGCCCCAAAUGUGUACCAGGAGGACAUAAAUUUACAACGGUUUAGCGAACCAGCCUUCCCCGUGGACUCCGACGAGCCAGUAUCGAUGCCCGCAGAGCUGUCCAGUGAUGAACGGUUCAAACACUCGAAUCCAACGUAUCAGAGUGCUGUUUUACACACAACCACUAGUGAUAGUGCUUCAGAUGGACACAAAGACGACGGUAAUGGAUUAAAGAAAUGGAAAGGUGUUGCACUGUCACCAGAUAACGAGCGCAAAGCAAAGCCUUUUCCAGUCGAAGUUGCACCAAAGCCUGCGGAAAUCGAUACUGCCCAGAAAGAAAACAUCAAACCUGAAACACCGGUAGAAGCUCCUAGCACAGAACCUACGAUAGUGACUGUGGAACUGAACCGCGGCUGGAACAGUCGGCUGGGGUUCAGCGUCCAGAGCCAUCCGGAUUCGGGCCAAAGCUACAUCUCCGCUGUUUACAGCGACAGCGUCGCCGCGAGAGAUGGCAGGCUGAGGCGCGGUGACGUCAUUCUUCAAGUAAACGAUGAAAACGUAACGUCAAUGAAGACCCCAGAAGUGAUAGAUUUGUUGCGGAUACUUCGCGGGUCGAUCUGCAUCACGGUGCUGCGCCCGCCCAACAUGCAAUGAAACUGAUUACCAAAUCACUAGUUAUACUUCUAGAUAAGAGCAUUGAAUCCACGAACUACUCAUUCAUAUCGUAGAAUCUCACUAUUUUUAAAGAAUGCGAGAAGGUUGACUGAGCAAUUAUUGUAAGGUAAAAAUGUGAAGCGAUAAUGUGGCUAAUUCGUUGAAGGGAUACAAUCUCUAAACGGAGACCCAAAUAUAUUGUUGUCCUAUUCAUUAUGCUCCAUGUGGAGAAGAACAAGGCAAGAUUUUAUGUUUUGGAUUUUAAGAUAUGAGUUUAUAACUUUAGAUAUAGUAGUGUAUGAAAUGGUGUGUAACAAAAGUAUUAAAACCCCUCUUAUGCACCCGCCACCUAUGUUAUAAACUGCUAAAUCUACUACUUAAUUUUAUCCUGGACAUUCGAAAAUAAUGAAUCAAAUCAUAGCGCUUUGAAAGAUGUAUGUUAUUGUAAAACCCACUUGCGAAGUUUACACGUUUUUAAAAGUCUUCGCUCAUAUUAUAGUCUAAUAAUACAAACGUCAGUAUUAAACGCACAAGUGCUUAAAAUAUGACGGUUUUAUGCCUACCAUUAAUAAAUUAGCUACGUGGUUUUAUAUAUGUAAAUAAGUAAUUUACAUCAGUAUAGUGUGGCUUAAAGUGCUCAAUAUAAAAGUAUACCUACAGUCACUAAUAAAACUAUUAUAAUAAUAAAUACUAAACUCGCGAGCAAAAAAUUCCGGGUCUUAAAAUAUGAAAGAAAACCUAACUCUCCAUAGAUAAUAAUAUUUAUGGAGAUAAUUAUUAUUAUUAAUAUAAGUAUAGAAGAAAAAGUAAAAAUGAAGUUAUAAAUAUAUUUCCGUUGAAAUUGUAUAUGAUGAUUAUUACUAGUAUUUGGUUGCGAAAGAGUGGUUCAGCUGUGUGAUUAGUAUGAGAUUUUACGUCCCACCAACGUUGUUAGUAUCCGAUCAUCGAACCAUUAUAGCGUUAAGGUAAAAUGGACCGUAACAGCCUUAUUUUAAUGCUCAAAUUCAUCUAGACAUCUACAGCCAGCACUCCAAGCGAAAACUUUAUUUAUUAAUUGAAAUCUGUGGUACUAAAUUUGAGCUUUAGUCAAGAACUUUUAGGUUCAUUUUAAGGUCAUUGUGAUUCCACCCUCGAAUUUUAUCAACGUUCGUGAGAUGUGUAAUCCCAUACUAAGCACACUGAUUGCUACAGAAUAAGUAUUUAUUUUAUUAUAACAUAAUACUGCUAGUUCGAUCUUUGUAUAAUUUCGGACAAAUAUUUGUGAAUUAAUGGAAUCUGUUGAUGAUUCUUGCAUUGACCGGUUUUUUUUGUUCUCAACGGUCAAAGUAGGUACAAAGUCGUUAAAAGACUUGACUCCUCUUCACUCCGUCUGUUUGCGCUGGCCCUAAAACCUAAGUUAUACCUAAGUACGCACUACCUAAAACGUACGUACGUAGGACAUACCAUGUAAAUAUCGUGUUUCUUCAAUUGUAGUUAAAAAUAUGUAUAAAUAUAGCAUUCCACGAGUAACUUUUGUAAAUAAUUGUGUAUUUUUGUGAAAAACAACGCAACUCAAUUUGAUGAAAUGAAAUAGAGAAAAACGAUUGAAAAAUAGGAACUGCUGGAACAUGGUUUUAAGGCCACAAUUACACCUGUAAGUUUUACUCACGUAAGUAAGUAGCUUACGUUGUUAGUUAACAGCACUAAUGUAAAUGUAAGUACAUUGUGUACUUGCGGGUGUCUCUGCGGCCUAAGAUCUAGGCUUUUUGAGCCUUCUAACAUAAUUAGGUAUUGCUAGUUUUAAAGUUGCCAGAAAACUGAUCUUACAAUUUAAGGAACAACACAACACAACAUGGACAAGCGUGGGGAAGUAAGAUGUGUAGCGGACAGGAAGUCGCAUAUCACACAGGUCUCAUGUUAUUGCGCAAGCGUUAACUGGUUUUAUGAUUUUUUUUUAUCUUCGUUUUACUUUCUCAAACAAAUAAAAGGAAAAAUACUUAAUCUUGACGUCAAACGCCCCGCAUGUAAAAGUACCGAUCUUAGAACUAAGUUCAUGUUAUAAUUCUAAGUAAAUCUAUAGGUACUGAUUAUUUCUAGUCAAAUCUAAAUUGUAAUUAAAUUAUGUAUAGCGAUUAGCCUUUCAAAAGAAUUGUAAUAAUAUAGGAAUGCAGAUUAUAGUAUCUUAAAUUUAUCGUUAUAAUAUAUCUGUGGUUGUCAAGUAUCGAAAAUCUAUCUCUACAAACGAUUGAAUUAAUUUCUUAAUAAUAAUAUAAUGUUAUCGUAUGAAAAGAUUUUAUCGACAAAUCGACUCACCUAUUUUAAUAAAAUAAAAUUAAGAUUAUUUUAUUAGAUAAAUUCCGUAGUUAAAUAAUGAUAAAAUAUUAUUAUUAUCGAUAAAGUAACCAGAACGAAAUGGAAUCAACUGAUAUUCUAAAUAAUUGUGAUGGAUUUGUGUUAGUAGGUGUUACUUUUAUAAGUAAACUUAAAUAUUGUAAUAAUGGAAAUACCUAUUGAAAUAAGACUUCGAAGUUAACGCUGAUUGAGAUUACCUACUUAUUUUAUUCUU